AUGCUGAAAACCUUUGUUAUCGGUCAUUUGCGGCACCCAUCCAAAUUUGUUCGAGCUCGAGCAGCAUGGUGCAUCAAGCAGUAUUCUGAGUCGUGUCUCUUUCAAACGGAUGCUCUUGCUAAGAUUAUUGAUAGCCUAGUGCAUCGCCUUGGUGAUCAGAACGAACGAAUGCUAGUGAAGGUUGAAUCAGCUUUAACAAUUCAGUGCCUCCUUAAACAUCAAGAGAAAGUCCAUGCCCUCAUGCGCCCAUCAGUGGGCGUUGUUAUUGUGAAGGUGUUAGAAUUGCUAGCGAAAACAAAGAUUAUGGCUGUGGUUUAUGUGAUUGAUGAAUUACUUGAGCAAUAUAACGAAGACAUUGUUCCUAUUGCCUCGGAGGUUGCUGAGCACUUGUGCCAUAUAUACUUGGAGCUACUUGGCACUUUUACUUUUGGUGAGUCGCCUGCUCACAUUUUCUUUGGAAUACCUAAUACCUUCCGUAAAAUCAUUGCAAAAGGUCAUAUGGUGACUUUGGUGAAAGUAGAAGGAAGUGUUGUGAAGGUCGUUGAUGCGAUGCUUGAAACUGCUCCUACGUUCUAUCGAGAAGCGCUACGUCUUCUCCAAUCUAUUCUGCAUUCAUACGUAAGUGACCCUCUGUGGGGUGUUCUUGACCAUUUGUACGACGUAUUCAAAGAACACGAUGGCAUCUACGUACUUCCUUCUUUUGAACUCGGUCAAGUGUUGCAUUUGUAUAUCGUGACGCACACUGAAAGCUUUCUUGCUUUCCCCCACAGAGUUGCUGUUGUCCUGGAUAUGUGUAUUACAACUAUGAAGCUCUACCUUUGUCUUAGCUUCUGUAAUUGUCAAAUCGCGAGAUCGGGUCUCUUUGCUGAUGUUGAAGAUGAACGUCGAUUAUAUGCCACAAAAAUAAUGGAAUGUAUUCUUUUUGAGUGCUCUAGCCAUAAUACAGAGGUUAUACCCACAAUCCUGAUGACAAUGUUCGAACGGCUUACCAAGCCUUUUGAAGAGGGAAUGAAUUUGAAGCCGCAUGUUGUGGUUGCUGCUUUGUACAUGAACCUUGACGUAUCCCUGCAAGCCCUUCAUCAAAUUGCUCCAGAUCCCUCUAAUCUUCUGGAAUGCAUUUGUGACGAAUUCUUCACUUGUUACAAAAAAAUGAAAGGAAUCCAUGACAAAAGAAUGGCGCUUAUUGGAAUAUGCCUCUACUUUCAACUGCCACCAUCUUUACGACCAUCUCUCAUUUCCACGAAUCCCAAAAAGGUUCUCAAAGUUUCGUUGUCAAUUUUUGAAAAGCUUCUGCAAGAACGAAAACUAGUGGCUCAGAAGAAGAACGAAGAAUCUGAGACUAAUGAUUCUGGUGAAGAAAGUAACGACGAAGCCGACAGAAAGGUGCCGAAGAUAGUCCAGUGUCACCGCAAAGUUCAUGAAACAGAGCAUCUUUCUGACGACGAAGACGAGAUAGACGAGGUGACUUUGGACCAUAUGGAUACUGCUGUGAAAGAGGAAAGUCGUGCUGAUGGAGACGUUGAGGAUGGGGACUUGGAGAGUGCCACCGAGUCCUUGCCGUUUGAAGAAGUUGGUUGCUUCAUUGGCAUUAGAUUUAGUUUCGAGUGGUCGUGUUUGUCUUCGUUUGUGUUUUGCAUGUUAUCAAACUAA